CGUAAGACUUGUUUGAGCCACAGCUGCAGAGGAUGGAAGACAUUAACAUUUUCUAUUUUAAUAGAGCGAGCUAGUUCAAUGUUACUCUAUUUUUACUGACAAAAUAGCCUGUCCGAUCAUGCAUUGGUUUAACCUGGCUGGGGGCCUGUUUCUGCUUUCUUGCCACUCCUGGUGGGACAAAAACUAUUGGGGGAAAAAACAUUUUAAAGUGAGACUUUACGGCCUGUCUGCCACUUUCUGUCUGUAGUUUCCGAAGUGUUUGGCCUACACACUGAUAUGAUGAAGUCCCAGCAAAAUGGCGACGGUUGAUGACUGCGAUGUGACUAUGGAUCCUGAAAUGGAAAUACUCAGCGACGAGGAAUUGGAGAGGGAAGCGGAGAGCUUCAAGGAGCAAGGUAAUGCCUACUACAUCAAGAAGGAUUACUCUGAAGCAUUCAACUACUACACCAAAGCCAUAGACAUGUGUCCUAAGAAUGCCAGUUACUAUGGAAACCGGGCGGCCACGCUGAUGAUGCUGAGCCGGCACAGAGAGGCGCUGGAGGACUCCCAGCAGGCAGUGCGGCUCGACGACACUUUCAUGAAGGGUCAUCUACGGGAGGGGAAGUGCCACUUGUCCCUGGGCAACGCUAUGGCAGCCAGCCGCUGUUUCCACAGGGUUCUAGAACUGGAGCCUGACAACAGCCAGGCACAGCAGGAGGUAAAGAAUGCAGAUUCCGUCCUGGAGUAUGAAAAGAUGGCUGAAAUAGGAUUUGAAAAGCAUGACUUCAGGAUGGUUGUGUUCUGCAUGGACCGUGCCUUGGAGUCAGCCUCAGCCUGCCAUCGGUUCAAGGUGCUGAAAGCAGAGUGUCUGGCCAUGCUUGGGCGUUACCCAGAGGCCCAGUCGGUAGCCAGUGAUAUCCUGCGGAUGGAUGCUACUAAUGGCGAUGCCCUGUACGUCCGUGGUCUCUGUCUGUACUAUGAGGACUGUAUUGACAAGGCUGUCCAGUUCUUUGUCCAGGCCUUGCGCAUGGCCCCUGACCACGAGAAGGCUCGCCUGGCCUGCAGAAAUGCCAAAGCACUCAAAGCCAAGAAGGAAGAUGGGAACCAGGCCUUCAAGGAUGGGAACUAUGAUGCGGCCUACGAGCUCUACUCUGAGGCCCUGACUAUAGACCCCAACAACAUCAAAACCAAUGCUAAGCUCUUCUGUAACAGGGGCACUGUGGGAUCUAAGCUGAAAAAAAUAGACCAGGCCAUUGAAGACUGCACAAAGGCAGUUAAGCUGGAUGAGACCUACAUCAAGGCCUAUUUACGGAGAGCACAGUGUUACAUGGACAAGGAGGAGUACGAUGAGGCUGUGAGGGAUUAUGAGAAGGUCUACCAGACAGAGAAAACAAAAGAACACAAGCACCUCCUGAAGAAUGCACAGUUGGAGCUGAAGAAGAGCAAGCGAAAAGAUUACUACAAGGUGCUAGGAGUGGACAAGAACGCCACAGAGGACGAGAUCAAGAAGGCUUACCGUAAACGGGCCCUCAUGCACCAUCCAGACCGUCACAGCUCGGCCAGUGCUGAGAUUCAGAAGGAAGAGGAGAAGAAGUUUAAGGAGGUGGGCGAGGCGUUCACCGUGUUGUCUGACCCCAAGAAGAAAUCCCGAUAUGACAGUGGUCACGAUCUGGAGGACGACACCGGUAACAUGGGAGAUUUUGACGCAAACAACAUUUUCAAGGCAUUCUUUGGUGGUGGAGGUGGCCAGGGCUAUAGUUUCGAAGCUAAUCAAUCAUCCGGACCAGGAAAUUUUUUCUUCCAGUUUGGUUAAUUGGAGGAUCCUAGUACUUAUACAGUAGCUCAAUCAUGGACUGGAUUCACCCCCCAACUCCACCCUCAUUUUUAAUUUGUCUGGCUGUUCCUCAGUUGGACUCUGUCAUUACCUGAACGAAUAAUGCUGUCAAAUCACAUCAUGCAAAACACGAAUGACGCAAGGAUCCAUUGAAGACUAAUACUAUUUUGAUAUUUGGUUUAAUUUUGUCAAACAAUAAAAACAUUGAAAUUCAAAUUUGUAUAAAAAGAAUGUUGGCCCAAACAAGUGACUCAUAAUGGAACUAUUAAAUGGGACUGUGCAGGUAUCUGGCCUUCUGAAGGCUCAGGCCAAGAUGUGACUUCAAGAUUGGGCAAUCUGAGAAGAACCUGGGGACCUACAAACCUCCUACAUUUGACCUACUGUCCAAGCUGUAUUCAAAGCAUGCAUAUAUUGCCCAGUAUUUAAUGGUGCAAAAUUCCAUGGGAAACUGAACAACUUGCAUGUUGUGUGGGCAGCCUACUUUUAUACCCAACAACCAAAAGAUGACUUAGCAGCUGUGGAUGAUUGCUUAAUGAAAGUUGUCUCCAUUUCAUGUUAUAUGAACAGUUAAUUAUUUUCCAUAACAGCCUGGGGUAAAUAGAGUUAAAUCCAUAAACUACUGCUUAAGUACAGUCAGACGAUGGCUGUGCUGGUGUACUAUGCCAGGCCUGUUGCCAUCUUGUGGUAAGCUUCCUCGCCACAGGUUUUGUGUUUGAUGUUGCCAUUCACCGGUUGCUACAUUGUACAUUUUACUGGAAUGUAAAGUGUUUAUUUGUGUUGAUAGUUUGACUGUUUUCUUAUUUUUUUUAAAUGUAUAUUUAUUGUAAAUUGGCUGUCUGAGCCACUACCAGGAGAUGAGGAUGCUCUUCUAUUAUGGAAAAGACUGAAAAAGGGCACCAACGAACAACAUCCUUUUGGCACAAACUCAGGAAAUGAAUUUGGUUGUGCUUGCCAUUUUAUAAGAUACUGUGUGGACAUCUAUAUAUUUAACUGGCUGUGUACCCUAGUAUGCUGAACUUGAGCAACCACUCAGUCAACUAGUACAGUAAGUAUCAUCUCACUCACAGCACACAUAAUGCAUAUGGUCUGAUUGAGGUUAUCUAGAACGUGCCUAGGCAAGCUGUCAAAUGAGUUAACAUCUUAUUUUCCCCAUGCUGUUUAAUAGUAUACCAUAGUAUAGGUUGUCUCUGGGCUAUGACCCUGGCAGUAUUAAACUAUUCAGGCCUGAGUUCCAAUGCCCUGUGUAAAUUUUGCCGCUAAUAUAAAGAGCUCAUCAUACAAUUGCUAUGCCAUUAUGGAUGGUAGAGGUUUUGAUCUUAUUUUUAAGAUCUCUUGGUGCACUUUUAAGAGGAAGGCAUCCCCAUCCUGGACUUGCUCUCAUGAAGCCCUCAACAGUCUUGACUAUGGAGUCUUUAUCAAACAGCCAUGUAAAUAAAGUAGGCCUCUUGUUCCCCCCUUCACCCUUCAAA